AUGUGCUGCUGUUUCGGAUCCCGCGGGGAACACGUCGAGCCCGUCAAGAAAAUCCCACAGCACGAAUUCGAUGAAAAGAAAAAAAUGUACGCAUCUAACAGUCAUCGAGUAACCGUCCCUGCUAGCCUGGAUCAUUAUAGAAAUCGUUCGAGAAGCAGCAGCAAUUCUGGGCGAAACGGAUAUCCAAAUCGACCAUCGCAAAUCGGGCAUAGUAAUGGUGGAUAUGGCAGUGGUAGUAGCAGAGACUCGAGGGAUUAUCAUGAUAGAGAUACUACUCAUGGAUAUGGUCACGGAGUACGCCCGCCACCAUCAUUGGGGACUAGAGCGCUGGGGAGUGGAUUGGAUACAUCGCGGGUCAGUGACUACCGGAGAUGA